AUGAUAAAAUGGGCAGUAGAACUGGGGGAGUUCAACAUCAGUUAUCAAAGUCGAACAGCGAAAAAAGCUCAAAUUCUAGUUGAUUUUAUGGUAGAGACUUCGAGUACCUCGGAAAACUUGGAGAUGUGGAUGUUGCAUGUUGAUGGAUCUUCUAUUAUCAACAAUGGAGGGGCAGGGAUACUGAUUGAACGACCAGGAGGCAUCGAAAUGGAGGUCGCAGUUCGAUUAUCUUUUCUCACUAUAAAUAACAAGGCUAAAUACGAGGCCUUAAUUUUGGGUUUGGAGUUAGCGUUGGAGGCCGGAGCGCAGAUCUUGGAGGUCUUCACGGAUUCCCAGCUGGUUGCAAUGCAAAUAGAGGGAACGUAUGAAACCAGAGAAAAAUCGAUGGGGGCAUACCUUAAGAAAACGAAAGAUCUGAUGCAGAAAUUUGCCAGGUGUUCUGUGCGACAAAUCCCAAGAGAAGAAAAUGGAAGGACAGAUGCUUUAUCAAAGUUCGGGGCUUCAUUAACAGGGAUUAAGGAUAGGAAAGUAACGGUGAUGAUAAGAGAGCAUGCAGCGAUCUCAAACAUAUCGGAGACCAACACGGUAAGCAGGAAAUGUCAGUGGAUAGAUGAGAUCGCAACAUAUCUCACAGAGGGGACCUUACCAACCGAUGCUACAUGUGCUCGUCGGAUAAAAUUUAAAGCACCGAGAUUUGCGCUGAUUGGGUCGCAGCUAUACAAAAGAACAGUGGAAGGACCUCUACUUAAGUGUUUAAAUGAUUCGCAAGCAGAAUACGUUUUAAGAGAAAUUCAUGAAGGUAGCUGCAGGAACCACUCCGGGGCUAGGUCGUUGGCUCAGAAAGUAACACGGCAAGGAUAUUUUUGGCCAACACUAAGGAAAGAUACCAAGGAAUUUGUGCAAAGAUGCGAGAAAUGUCAAAGGUAUGCUUCUCAGACACAUAUCCCAGCGGUACCUAUGACCUCCAUCUCGAUCACAUGCCCUUUUGACCAGUGGGGCAUAGAUGUAUUAGGGCCAUUUCCGCUUGCCCGAGCUCAAAAGAAGUUUGUUAUAGUAGCUGUAGAAUAUUUUUCUAAGUGGGUUGAGGCAGAGGCAGUGUCCAAGAUUUCGGAGAGAGAAGUUAUAAAUUUCAUCUGGAAAAACAUAGUUUGCAGAUUUGGCAUUCCUAGAAUUUUGAUAUCUGACAAUGGGACGCAGUUUCAGGAUAGACAGAUAACUUCUUGGCUUCAGGAAUUGAAGGUACAGCAGAACUUCACCGUUGUGGGACAUCCCCAGGCGAAUGGACAAACAGAGGUAACAAAUCGAAUUAUCUUGCAGCACCUGAAGUCUAGGAUAAGCUCGAAAAAGAUUGGGCUGAGGAAUUGUCAGGAGUUUUGUGGGCAUACAAAACGACCCCGAGGUCAGCUAUAG